AUGACCAAGAAGAAACCACCACCAGAGUUAUUAUCACCACCUCCGUCGUUCUGUUCGUUGCCUUACGACCUCGCUCUCAGCUGUUUGGCUCGUGUGUCGAGAUACCAUCAUCCAUAUCUAUCCAUGGUCUCCAAGUAUUUCCGAUCUCUCAUAGCUUCCCCUGAACUCCAGGCAACACGAUCCCGCAUGGGAAUAACUGAGACUUACCUAUGUGUCUGUUUACGCCUGUAUAGGUACAACAAAUAUAGUUAUAGAUGGUUCACACUUGCACCAGUUCCCAAACCAAAGAAAUUGGAACCCAUCACUUCGUUUCCGUAUCUUUAUCCCAAAUACUCAACCCUUCUCGGGACUGGUUCUGAUAUUUACAAGAUCGGUAGCUUCGUGAAUGGAAAGGAAAUUAGAUACCUAUACGAACUGCUGACUUUCGAUUGUCUAACACAUAAAGGGUCUAGACUCCCCAAGAUGCGUGUAGCUAGAGAAGAUCCAGCCGUUGAUGUAAUUAACGGUAAGGUAUAUGUGAUUGGAGGCAACGAGUCUAGUAAUAUCGAAGACUGGGGAGAGGUUUAUGACCCAAAGACUCAUACUUGGGAGCCGGUAUUUCCCACUACACAAGAUCUCACCAGUCAAAUGAGUGUGGUUCCUGGUAAGUUAGUAAUGGAUGGCAAUGUUUAUACCAUUAAUAAUGGCUACAAGGUUAGCUUCAGGACGGGUCGUCUCUUGGUAAAGAUUGAUGACAACAUAUUGUACCAGACGAGGGUCUCGAUAGGGAAGUUACUUUGGUAUGAUCCAGAGAAAAAUUUGGGGUGGACUAAUGUUAAGGGACUUGACGAACUGCCUGAAAUUAUAUAUCUUACAUAUUCGUCCGAAAAUUCCCAAGGAGAAAGAAGAAGGGUGACAGUUUGGUGGAAGACGUUUAAGGAAUGUAAGACUGAUAUUUGGUGUGCUGAGAUUUCGUUUGAGAGACGAGAAGGAGAGCUUUGGGGCUUUGUUGAAUGGUCUGAGAUUGUGUUAACUUCGGGCAGAUGUGACACUCCUUCCUCUUUCCUUUUGGAUUCUGUUAUUGUGACUUAUUGA